AUGACAGGCCUCUCCCCCACCCACGACACCAUCAUGUCCAUCUCGUGCAUCUUAACGGACUCGGACCUCCAGCCUCUCUCGAUCAUCGGCUUUGACGCCAUUAUCCAGCACACGCCCACCCAACUCUCCCGCAUGUCCGACUGGUGCGUCCGCACGCACGGCGCCUCAGGCCUAACAGCAUCAUGCCUCUCAUCAACGACAACGGCAGAAACCGCUGCCCACUCCCUCCUAGCCUACAUUAAACAAUACAUUCCAGAAUCGGGCCGUGCGUUGCUCGCGGGAAACAGCAUCCACGUAGACAAGACGUUCCUGAUGCAGCCGCCGUGGGAUAUCAUACUGGAGCACCUGCAUUAUAGACUGUUCGACGUGAGUGCAAUGAAGGAGAUGGUACGGCGCUGGGCAGGUGAGGACGUGCUUGCGGGAGUGCCGAGGAAGGAACUCCGGCAUACGGCGAGGGAGGAUGUGCUGGAGAGUAUCGGGGAGGCAAGGUAUUAUAAGAGGCUAAUUGAGGGAAUGGCCGCACCGGGGCCAGUCGAGCCGGUACAUGGAACCCUUGCCGUCGGUGCCGGCGGAGGCGUACCGGUGCCAGGGAACGGGAUCUCUAAUGCCCAAGCCUAUGCCCCAACAGCAAGCAGAGAAUGA